AAGCCUAGAGAGAAAUAAAUCAUGUAGAUCAAAAGGAAACCGGCGUGUUUUCCGGUGUAGCUGCGGGCAGGUCGUGGUAAAGAAAAGGCAACAUCUCAAGUCAAAAAAGUUCCACCCGGAGCUUGAGGGUGUUCCGCCUAAUGCCACAGUGUUUCUUAGAAAGCUUAAGGCUAUCAAGAGAGUAAGUAUGAAAUCAUUACAUACUCAAAAAAAGUAGAAGGAAAAUAAUAACAUGUGAUAUAUAUGCGUGCUCUAUAUACUUUCUUAUUAUAUGUUCUAAAAAUAAACAAACUUUCAUUGGCCGAAACCGUGCAUCAUCUGUCGAAAUAUUUUUCAUGUUUCAUAGUAAAUGGGUUUUUUCCCAUGAAACAUCACUUUUUAAAAGUAGUAUAUAAUUAUUAAUAUUAAAUAUGUUGCAAAAAUAUUUAUUGCUUAUUCAUAAACCUGAAUCCAUAUAAUAAAACAGUUAUUGACUCUUGAGCCAUUAAAUAUGUUGUGAUAUUCACCGGAAGAAGGCAAUAUUGUUAACCCAUAAAAAUAAAAAAAGUCAAAAAAAUCAGAACCUUAAAAGAAAAAAAAUCAGGACCUUAAAAAAAAUAAAAAAAGAAAUAAAAAUAAAUUUUGAAGUGUUUACGAGAGAAAAUAAUUGUAUAAUAUAUGCUUUUAAAGUGAUAUUCUUUCACAUCCUGUGCGGUAGCUGGCAUGCCAGGAAAUAUUUAAGACUCUAUGUACGCCAACAAUAUCUUUGAUUUGUGUGUCUGCGUGGGUGCUUGUUUGUGUUUGUUUAUUGUCUGUGUCUCUGUUUAUAUGUGCGCUCGUAGUGUGUUUAUUUGUCUUUUGGGAGGCUGCAAUUUUGGAACGAAGCUCUACCUGUCGGUUACUUAUUAUUGCUUUUAUACGUUUUUUGAAGUUGGAACGAGACUUUGUGAAGACAGCACUGGAAACGAGACAGGAGGGAGAAGAUUACGAUGAAGAUGGUGGAUCAUCCACAGAUGAGUUGGGGGAAGCAGGAGAAGAAGAAGAGGCAUACAGGCUAACACGAGCAUAUGUCUUAGGACUUGCCAAAAAUGCCAGAGUUAUGAAGGGGAGGAGGGAUUUCAAGUGCGUUGUGGAAUGGUCAGACUGGAGGCAGCGGAGGGUGGGUGGUGGAAAGGAUAGUGAGCAGGUGGAGAAGGGGAAGGUGAUGAUUAACAGAUUUCUAGCUUGCAUUAAUUACCGUGAAGAAACGGACGAUCUGGCACACCUAUUAGAGUCGGAUGUGGGAAUUGAGACAUAUGACAAUUAUAUGAUAAAAACGUUUGAGCCGGGGACUGUUAGGAGCAGCUACUGCUCCAUCAAUAGCUUUUUUGACUUUUUAUUAUAUAAUAAGUCCAUAACAGCGGACGUCCACAAAACGGCAAAGAUAACCAUGUCCAACUUCUCAUGUGCUUCGAAGAAGGCAGACACAAGAAGGAGGAAGCAGCUUAGAAGACAGGAAACAGAAGUUUUUCCAAAGGACCCUAGUGAGGUUUUGAAGUUCUUUAGAGAGUCGACCUAUUGCGUUGCCAUCCGGCAGCAGUGGAAGAAUGGCAACGCAAUGGUUUGGAAGGAGAUGAGGGGCAUUCUACUGGUGGAGUUGGCCGCCAAAAACGGAACUCGUUGCGGCGAAUUUCGCAACCUGAAAUAUAAACAUGUCCAGAAAGCCAGGCCUUUCAAGAACCAACCAGAUAUGAGGACCUUGGUCACUGAAGAUCAUAAAACCAGCGCCUUUUACGAGGCCACUAUUCAUUUAACAUCAGAAGUGUACAAGGAACUGGUAGAGUUCUGUACAGUAAGCAGAAAGAUGAUGUGGGAAAGAAACACAUCAGAUGAGUUGUUUGUUUUCAACUCGGACAACCCAGAUGAAACAUCCCCCAUUGCACAUACAAUGGUGGAUAGGUGGCUCAAGAGGGCGUGGAAGAAAGCUGAAAUGGACGUGUAUUAUCACGACUAUGUGCCUUCUUUGACAAAAAAACAGGAAAAUAAUAACCACAGACGUCAGAAGACGCAAACGACACCUGGCAGAAGACUGCGCCAGUAUGCUCUGCCACAAAAAGGCAACAGCAGACAGACAUUACGAUUUAAUAGAGCAAGUAGACCGAAGCCAGAAUACGUAUACUAACCUGUAUCAGGAAGAAACACACACACCCGCAAACGAACCCGAAAUCCAAUUCAUUGCUUCUUCGGGAAAAGAACAACAUCAGCUGGCACAGGACAUGACAAAGCGGUGCUUUGUUAGAGUAGAGAGGCUUACGAAACACCAACUGGAAUACUACAACAUACAAGACAUAGAUGAAGAGACCGCCAAUGCCAA